GUUGAUGAGAAACAGCGAGGAUGGGAGAUGGUGCUUAUGCACUCCAGCAGAGGUGACAGAGCACUAACCAGAAGAAUUUUUACCAGAAGACUUUUUUUAUGAUAACAAUUUAUGGAUGACUAAUGAAACACAACGUUAAAAGCACUAGUUUUGAAGGUGAUAAACACCCAAAGAGAUUUAGGAAUGGAGGAUGGAGAUGCCCCGCGUUGGGUUUCUAUGAAUAACUAUAGUUAUUUUGUGGGGGCAGCAUCUACCUUCCUGUCCACAGUUCUCACAUUCCCCAUCUACAAGACUAUAUUCCGUCAGCAGAUUCACACCUUGAGCAUUACGGCUGCCACUGGCCAAUUAAGGAAAGAAGGGAUCGCAUUCCUGUAUCGUGGAUUGACACCACCACUUAUGUCCAAGACCGUGCAAGGCACAAUACUGUUUGGUACUCAGGGAAGUUUCCAAAGUCUACUUUCGGGUGGUGGUAAACCAAGAACUGUCCACUGCACCCUCUCUGGAUGUCUUGCUGGUGUGCUAGAGGCCAUCCUCCUUGUUCCAUUUGAAAGGGUGCAGAACAUUCUACAAGAUGGACGUAAUAAUAAACGGUUUCCUUCUGCUUACUCCAUUAUGCAGGAGUUUCAAUCCUACAGCAAGAAGCAAUGUUUGUCCUGCGGCAUCUAUAGAGGCUUUAGCAUCAUUGUUGUUCGCAAUGCUCUGGGCAACGCUCUCUAUUUUUCUUGCAAGGAUCCCUUGCGAGACUUAUUGAGUGCAGAGGGGAUUCCAAAAUGGGCUCCUUCUUUAUUUUCUGGAGCUCUAAAUGGUGCCCUAAUCUCACUGGUACUGUACCCAUUGGGUGUGUUGGUAUCAAACAUGCAGGCAGCCGUGGGGAAUAGACUGCCAAGUACAAGAGAGGUGGCACGUACACUGUGGGCACAGCGCGGGGGAAGAAUAACACUGUUAUACAGAGGAGCUUCCCUAAUUGUUGUGCGCUCCUGUGUCACCUGGGGCGUAACAACUGCCAUCCAUGAUGCUCUGAGCAAUAAAUAGAA